AUGUAGAAUUAGUCAAAUUAGGUUUAAGGAAGUUAAAAAUAAUAUAAAUUUGAUCAAAUACUCAUUAGAUUAUCAGAAAUGGUGAUUCUUUAAGACAAAAUUGACUAUUUAAAGCACCUUUUUAACAAUUAAAAAGACUUAAAAGAGCUUGUCUUUGAUUGUAAUAUGUAAAAUAUUUUAUUUACAAUUCAAAAAGAAACUAUGGAUAACAGAAUUUGUAUUUUUAGUAAAAAUUAACCUUGUGUAAGCCAAUUAAACUAGAAAAAGAGUAUGAAUGUUGUUUCAAGUAUUUUAAAUUAUUUAUCUGAUGCUCAAAGCUUAGAAAACUUAAAAUUAUAGUUUGAAAAAUGGAAUAUGUGCGGAGAAGAAUAAGUAAGUGAUCUAACUGAAAAAGUCAGAGAUAUAUUAAAAGUUUGCUAACUUAAAUAAUUUACAUUAAAUUUAUCAGGCUGGAACAGUGCUCCUGUGACUCUCAUAUAAAAAAUUACAUCUAUUUUGAAUGAUCUUCAAAGAAAAAAAAAUAUAUUUUAUUUGGAUUUAGAUUUUUCAAGUUGGGAUAAAUGUACUGAGUUGGACAUCAUCUAACUUGGUGAUUCUUUGAUAAAUAUUAGCUUAAAUUGUCCAAUUAAAACUUUAAGACUUAAUUUUUCAUGGUGGUGGCACAUUUAAGAAACUGGACUAAAUUUUAUAGGGAAGACUUUAGAUAAACUGAAUCUAAGUUAAACAUUAAAAGAUGAAAUUUGUAUUAAUCUCUAGCACAUUUCUAAAGUUUAAAGAAAUGGAUUUGAAAGACUUUUUAAUUCUUUUGCAGAGGUUAAAACAAGUUCUUUUAAGCUUAAUAUGGAUUAUUGGUAACAGUUAAAGGAUGAGGAUAUAAUAUUUUUAUCAUAGUAGAUAUCAAAAUUUGCUAGAAAAAAUUCAAACAAUUUAAAGAAUUUUUCUCUUAUUGGUUCAAAUUGGACUCAAGUCACAGACAAGGGAAUGAAUUACUUGCUAAAUAGUAUUAGAGAAGUUUUAGAAUAAAAUAUAAAAUGCAUAGAAAGUUUUCAAAUUAAUCUCAGCGAUUCUAAGAUUCAGAAUGUAGAGACUACUAAAAAAGUAUUUAGCUUAUUAUAAAUAUUGAAAUAAAAUGAGGCUAUAAAUCUAAAAUUAUUUAUCUUCAAUAUUUCAAAAUGGAAGAUGUUUGAUAAAGAGAGCGAAAUUUACAAGGAUAUAAUUCAAAAUUUAAUAUAGCUUUUUUCGAAUAAAAUGAUAAUAUUAAUUGAAUUCAAAGGAGAUUGUGUUCUCGAAAGCUUUAUGAAAGAAGUUAAAAAUUGUUAAAUUUAUAAAUAAAAAAUUGUGCUUUAAUAUAGCAUAAUCUAAGACAAAUUAUAAGCCUAUCGUAAAGAAAUUUUAUGGGAUUUAAUUAAAGUUAUAAAAUGA